AUGGGUUUUUGCUUAGAGAACCUCUCUCACCUUUCUACCCACUAAUUUGAAAUAUUUAUUAGACAAAUAUGCUAAAAUUUAAAUUACUUUUAUGAAGACUACAUGGAGCAUAAAUAAGGAGUGUUUUUUGAAAGUCUAUACAUAACUCAUAUCAGUCAAUGCUCAAAAAGCAAUUCAUAAAAAUUCUGCUUUUGUUCCAAAUUUACUAAUAACUAUAAAAGUGAUAGCACUCAAGAGAUAAAUAUAGAAAGAAUAUUAGGAUAAGAAUUUAGAUAGUAAUUUAUUUUAAAUUACAUUUCUAAUCUCUAUAGUAAUUAUUUAAAUUAAGUGGAUAAAUUUCACAAAAAAUAAAUUGAAUUUUCUUAUUUAAGUUUUUUAAUUGAAAAAUCUAAAAAUAAAACAAAAUCGCUCAAAGAACUUUUUAAAAUACAACAAGAAUAUUCCAAAAAUAAAAAUUGGACUAAUUUGAUUUACAUUAAGAAUCUAAUUAACAGAGCUUCUUCUCUAAGCUAAAACUUUGAAGGAAAUAAAACUAAUGAGAACUAAACAAUUAAAAUGCAUGACCCUAUUACAUUUGAUUUCCUAAUGACAGAAUUCAAAAAUAGAUUAAAAUCUUAGAUUUUAAAAUAAAUAGAAUAUUUCAAAUAUCUUUGCUCAAAUUAUUUUAAUUUAGAAGAGCUUAUGAAUGUUUCUAAAUUAAAUUUGAAAUAAAUUUAAAAUGUAAGAACACUCUAAAAGCUACUCUAUGAUAUUCACCCAAAUAAUUUAGCCCUUAAUAGUCUUUCACAAAUAUUUUAAUCUACUUUAGAUUUUUACUCUACUAAUCCUAAAAAGCUUUAAAAUAGCAAAUUAUAAAACACAAGCUCAAUUAUUCCAUUAAAAGAUUUAUUUUCUCCUUAAUCUUGUUCAAUUUAUUGCAGUCUUAUAAACAAAACCAUAGAUAUUAAAAGAACUUCCUUAAAUUUCUCAUAAAUAUUUGAAACAUAGUAAGUUGCGAUUAUAGGGAAAUAAGUUUCUAAUUUGUUACCAAAAGAUUUAUUUGAUGCGCACGAGCUAACUAUGGAUGAAUUUAUUAAUUUAGGAAAUACUGAUUCAACUAUAAGCUAAGGUGAGAGAUUUGUAUUUGCUAUUAAUGGAAAUGGUUUCAUAUUUCCAAUAAAUAUAAGAAUAAAAGUGGAAAGCAUAUAUGAUGAUUUCGGAGUGACUGCUUUCAUCAAAAAAGUUAAUGAUUAAAAGCAAUAUAUAUUUUUUAAUGAAUUGUUUUAAAUAACUGAUAUCAGUCACACUAUUUAUCAGAAAAUAUUUUCUUAGGAGUAUUCAUUAAAUUAAUUAAAGAAUCAACUAAUCUUGAAUUUUAUCCCUUUACUUGAUGGAAUUUUUAGUGAUAAAAGUUUGUCUUAAGAAAACUAUUAUAACUCUUGUCUUUUGUUAAAAAGAAGAAAAGAAACAUCUCUAGAAAUAAAUUCUUUUAAAAGUAAUCUUAAAUAGACUUUUUACGUAAACGAGAGAAUGUUUUCUCUUGUGUUUAGAAUAAGAAACCUCAAGUCUUAAAAUAUGAAGCAUAUAAAAUAUUUAGAAAUAGAAAACUUUGCAGAGGAAAAAUCAAUUUAUGAGAAAAGACAAUCUCUGAAUUUGCUUAGUAAAUGCUUAGACUUAGACUUUUAAUUGGAUGAUUUUUUGAUUAGAGAAACUUAAGAAAAUGAUUAAAAAUCUGAACAAAUGUCAAAUAGACAAGAUAAUUUAUUCUUAAAAUUACUAAAUAGUAACGAAAAAUGUAAAGAUAAAAAUUAAGAAUAUUCUACUUCAUUUAAGGUUGAUUCAAAGAUUGAUUUAGAAAGUUAAAUUCAAUUAAAUAUUUAAGAUUAACAAUCAAAUACAAAUUUUGGUUAUGCAGAAGAAGAAACAAACAACUUUAAAAGAAAUAAUUCUUAGAACAAUUAUUAUUAAAGUAAUUCUGCUUCUAAAAAGAACCAGUGUGAACAACAAAUUGAAAAUUUAUCUUCUAGGAUUGAAAUCAAUAGCUUCUAGAAUUUGUAAUCGAGCAGACCUUUAAAUCCUCAUACAUUUUCUAAUUUAACUAGUGUUUUUAAAAAUGCUACAAAUGAAAGUGAGAAGCAAAAAAUUAAUUAAAAAUCUUCUCAAUUUCAUAAAGAAUUUUUAAGUAGAUAAUUGAAUACAACUAUUCAGUUUGACAGACCUAAUUAAGAAUGUACUCCCAUAAUGUUUUCAGUGUGCAAUUAUUUUUAAAAUGAUAAAUCAUCAGGAUCACCUGAAAGCAUAAUUUAAAACCAUAAAAGCAUCCAGGCAGCAGCAGCAGCAGCAGAGGAGGAGGAGGAAGAAGAAGAAUAUAAUUCUUAUAAUUUUGAAAAAUAAAUUAAAAUGCAACCUAGUAAAUAAAAUAUCUCAGAAAUGAAGCUAAAUAAAUUAAAAGAAGAAGAAUAUUAACACUCGCUAAAUGAAAGCCAAAGCUCAUCAAAAUCGAUAAGAAAGAGUAUCAUAAAAAAAAUAACUUAAAACACACACACUAAGAUUAUUAGAAUUAUUAUAUUCACAGGACUGAUGUCUAUUGCUUUACUAUAAACUUGUGCUUUAGGAUUUUAUUUUAUUAACAUUAAUAAUCUCAUUUCAAUUUCUAAUUUAUUUAAAAAAUUUAACUAUGCUAAUUUAAUUAACGAAUCAGUUUACUAAUUUCUCAAGGAAUAAGGAUUUUAUUACGACACUCUACAUUAUAGACAAAUUUUAGAUCUGGAUCGAUACAUAAUUAACCCUUAAAACAGCUCCUAAAUCAUUAAAGAAAUAUCUUACAGACAAGCAGUAAGCCAAAAGCGCUAAAGAAAUGCAGCUGGACAAUUUAGUAAAAACAUUAAUCAAAUUCUUAAGUCUUAAGAUGAAGAAUUCUUUUAAUAUAUUUCUGAAACUGAAAUUGCAACUAUAAGUGACUUUUAUGAUCAAGUUAUUUUUACAAGAGAAACUAAAAAUAAUACAAUAUUAUACACAAUGCUUUUAUUCUCAUCAAAUUUAAAUUAGUUAUAUUUGUAAGGAACAAACCCUGAUUAUUACCCUGAAUCAGUUGUUUAUGCCAACUUAGAGACUUUCAAUAGCUCUAUCUUAAAAAUCCAAGUUAUGAUAUAUGAUUAAUUAAUAAACUCUUACUAGUGGCUUAAGGAUAUAUAAUAAUAUUAGCUAAUAUAGAUACUAGUUUCUUGCGUAUGUUUAAUAGCCAUAGCAUUGCCUUUCCUGUUUUACUUUAAUUCUCAAUAAUAUCAAAUACUAAAACUUUUAGGAUCGUUUCCACCUUCACUUUUACAAUCCUAAAUUAGCUUGUUUUAUAUUAGCUUGAAUCACUUAGAGCAGCUUUAAAAAAAAGAAAUUUAACCCAAAAGCAGAUCCUCAAAUAUUAUGUAAUAAGUAAAGCCUUAAAGUGCAAAAUAACUUUUUCCUGAACAAGUGUAUGACAAAUAAAAUUUAAUUCAAUUUAAUAACAAAAACGGUUAAUAAAAAUCUUCAAAUAAGGCGGAAAAUAUAAAUUUUGGUAAUUAAAUAGUUUCUAAAAGAUAAAGAUAAAUAGCUUCUUUCAAAUAAUCUAGACCUUUUAAGUUAAAAUAUAUUAUGGCUUCUCUUUUAGUUGCAAUUCCAUUCAUGAUUUAACCAAUUUAUAAUUUAGUUAGUGUAAAUUAAUUUGUAGAUGAAUCUACAUCUACUUUAACUUAAAGACAAAUUCUUUUCAGCUCUUCAUAAUAUAUACUUAACUUUGAAGUUGUUCAUUACAAGAUAUGGGAAACUAUUUUUUAUUAACCUAUUUUUGAUUGGAAUUUUUUUUAUUAAUAUGGAAAAAAUAUAACUUAGUAAAGUGAACAAGUUUUAGGUGGAAUCAAAAACAUAACACAUUAUGAAACGAGCUCAAGAUAUGAAAAAGAAUAAAGAAAGAUGUACUUUAGCAAUUUAUUGGAAGAUAAUUUGUGCAAUCAUAUUGAUAUUAUUAAUAAUAGCGCAUAACAAAAUCCAUAUUUUAAGAAAUAAACUACCAGCGAGGAGUGCCAAAAAUUAUUGAGUAAAAAUUUCGAAAGAGGAUUCAUUUUAGCUUUUCAGUAUUUAACAAACUUAUACAGAGACUGGUUUUAAAUAAAAUGUUAUAAAAAUACAGCAAACGAAGAAUAACCUUUUAGACAUUUACAAUUCUAAUGUCUUAUUUUAAUAACUAAUCUUCUCUUUUGA